AUGCUGUACAGAGUCCCCAAGAUCUCUGGCAUGAGCAAGAACACGGACCCAGGCGAUAUCGAAGACGUUUUGGAUAUCAUCCAGAUCGAUGAAAAUACCUGGGAGGGAAAGUACCCGUUAAGACUCCCUGUUUCAGGUGCUAGAGGUGUCUACGGCGGCCAUUUGAUUGCUCAGUCGCUCUUGGUAUUCAUUGACUCGGCUCCCGGCUUCUUACCCCACAGUUUCCACUCUCACUUCCUCAGACCAGGAAAUGCUAAGGUGAAAUGUCUUUAUCAGGUGACGAGAUUAAAUGAUGGCCGCAAUUACGCCAUGAGGCUGCUCAAGGUAUUGCAGAAUGACAAAAUCGUAUUCACGGCGCUCUGUUCAUUGGUGAAAAAGGGUGCCGAGGUGACAUCCAAAGACAUGAACUUGUUGGUUCCUCCUCCUCCACUCCAUGCCAAGUAUCCCGAUCCAAACCAACUUGAUCAGCUGAUUCACACUGAAUUCUGCCAGAACGCAUUCUCGGAAGAGUUUUUAGACUACAAGAAGUGCCCUGAAGAGGCGUCUAAGUCACCUUCAGAGCGCUGGAUCACCAUUUGGAGUAAGCUCCACCAACCAGGGAAGGAGGCCAUGAAGGACCCAAAAUUCAAUUAUGUGGCAUUGGCAGAGCUUUCAGAUUCGGCCAUCCUCACCACUUUAGCCAGAGCUUUGCACUUGAAUUGGAACCCUACUUUGGACAAUCCUUUACAGGAAUACGACGAUAGCAAAGAUGCUAGAAGGAUCAUCGAUCUCUCAUUGAAUGCGUUGCACAUUUUCCAUUACGAGGCCAUGUCUCUUGACCACCACCUUUACUUCCAUACCGACGACUUUGAGAGUUUCAACCCGGUGAAGGAUUGGUUGACAUUGGCGUACCAGUACAAAAUCAGCCGGAACCAUCGGUCGUUGGUGAGAGGUUUCUUCUACAAUCCUGAGGGAAACUGCGUGGCUACAUUUGUUCAAGAGGGUUUGACAUACUUGCACCCAGGAGUGCCAGAUCAAGCCCAUGGCAGGAACUCUUCCAACUUGUAG